CACGACGGGUUUCUGAGUUGUGAUUGGCAAAGUUCUUCAAAACAGUCUUUAAUCGGAGUCAAACCAAUCCAGAGUACUUACGGUAAAAAAGACCUCCUUCGAGGGUAUUAUACAAUGGACUGCUGACGCGGAAUUAGCAGGCUUCCACGCUGCAUCAGAAUCUGACAUCAAACGGCCAGAACUCUGAUGAACGAAACUCGGAUUCCAGAUUUCCAUCCAAAGUCUUACGCUGAAAUCGGAGAGAGAGAGAAAGAGAGAAUCGAUCAGCCAGCAGGCAGCACCUUGAUUACUUGAAAAGGAUUCAUUGUUGUUAUUAUUUUAUGAUGAUGAUGAUGUGCAGGAAGAUACAAACACAGAAAGCCUGGUCGUCGCUACCACCAUCCAGUUCUCAAACAUAUGAUUGCAUGAAAUGAAUGCAUAAAUAUGCAUCUUCUGUGUUUCCUCUGAAUCAAACAACCUGAGUUAUCGAUUUGGAGUUAAUGGGUUCUGAGAAAUGGAAGAAAAUGAGCGAGAAGCUCAACUUCGACGCAUUAUCAAUCCUGGCAGAACCCUUCUACAUCUUCACCCACACCAUCUUAAGCCUCCUUCUUCCUCUCUCAUUCCUCCUACUAGCCAGGCUCUCCACUGGACAACAUAUCCCCAGCUUCACCUCUUCUCCCACCUCCACCCUCUCCUCUCUCUUCCUGUAUGCCAUCAAUCCUCUUCUUGUUCAAUUUCUUGUUUCUGUUGUUUCCGUAUCUGCCCUUGUGCAUGGCCUCACCGGCCGAUUCCCUUCACUGAGCGAGUCAGUCAGCAGACCCCGCUUAUAUGCGGCAUGGGUUCUGCUUUGCUCUCUGCAGGUCUGCGUUGGAUUAGGCCUCGAAGAGACAAUUGUGGCCGGAUUUUGGGCGGUCGACUACGGGAACAGGACUCCGCUGAUAAGACGGUUAGUUUUCUUUCUGGGUCUGUACCAAACCAUGCUUCAUUGGUCGAGGACGGUUGUCAAACCAGUUGUGGACGACACGGUUUUUGGGUUCGAGAGGGACGAAAGAUGGGUCGAAAGGGUGGCCGUGGGCGGCUGUUUCGGUGGGCUGUGGUGGUGGAAAUUAAGGGCCGAGGUUGAAGCAUUGGCUCUGGUGGUUGAGGUUAAGAGAGAGCUGUUGAUGGAUGUGGGUAAUGCCGAAAUCUUUGGUUUGUGGUUGUAUUACAUGACGGUCACAGUUGGUUGGGUAAGGCUGGUAAAGGGGCUCAUACGUCUAGUAGACGGAGCUGCUCUGUUGUGGCCAAGGCCUAAGCCGAGCAACGAUUGCUCUUGUGUGGAUGAUGCCCAGGUCUAAAAUAGACCUAAUUGUUAAUGAUUCAUCGUUUUUCUUUCCACUUUAUAGUUUAUAUAUCCUUUCCUUAUUGAUAUUCUUUGUCAGACAAGGAUUCAAUUAUGCAUUCCAUUUGUUAGUCGCUACUACUGUAGUCAUAUUUUUUUCUUUCUUUUCCUUCUUUGAGAGAAUUAUCACAAAUGCAUGACUUUUUUAAGGGCUUCUGGCAGCCUAUUGAGAACUGAGACAGGGCAUAGGGCCAUCAACUUUCAUUGAA